AUGUCUGACAACGGCGAGAUUGAGGUCGAGGCCAUCUCCGGCUACCAGGUCCUUCCCAAGGAUGUCACCAGCGAGCUUGGUACCAUCAAGCUGUUCAACCGCUGGUCCUACGACGAUGUCGAGAUCCGCGACAUCUCCCUGACCGACUACAUCCAGAUCCGGUCUCCCGUCUACAUCCCUCACUCGGCUGGCCGAUAUGCCCAGAAGCGAUUCCGCAAGGCCAACUGCCCCAUCAUUGAGCGCCUCACCAACUCCCUGAUGAUGCACGGCCGCAACAACGGAAAGAAGCUGAUGGCUGUUCGCAUUGUUGCCCAUGCCUUCGAGAUCAUCCACCUGAUGACCGACCAGAACCCCAUCCAGAUUGCUGUUGAUGCCAUUGUCAACUGCGGUCCCCGUGAAGACAGCACCCGUAUCGGUUCCGCCGGUACCGUCCGACGACAGGCCGUCGAUGUCUCUCCCCUCCGCCGUGUCAACCAGGCCAUCGCUCUUCUCACCACCGGUGCCCGCGAGGCCUCUUUCCGCAACGUCAAGUCGAUUGCCGAGUGCCUUGCUGAGGAGCUGAUCAACGCUGCCAAGGGAAGCAGCAACUCCUACGCGAUCAAGAAGAAGGACGAGCUGGAGCGUGUGGCGAAGAGCAACCGGUAA